AUGUGCAUCAAUGCUGUCAAGUUAGCCACGGUGUCCUUCAUGCUGGCGUUAUUGGGUCAAAAUGAUGCUUGGAUGCUGUGCAAAAAUCAAGGGAAAACGAGAGAGAGGAUGCGAAUGAGCCUUUAUUUUGCAACUACCAAACCUGAUGUUCACGUACAUCCUGUCAAACCGCAGUCUAACCAAGAUAUCAUGGAUCUUGCCGACAUGAGAUACAGUGAAUGGAUACAAGGUGAGGAGACGGGCGAAAAGACACCAAGUCUUGGAGCAUUCCGGAUGGCAACAGCUGAAAUUGUCCAGGAACGCGCCCAAGAGGGCGCCAUGACAUUUCUCGCUCGGGUGGAAUCGAAUACCAAGAGUCAGCCGAAAGCGCAAGCAGCAGCAGUUGUUGGAUCAGCAGAACUUAGUCCCAUCGAACUCAAGGGUCUUUUGCCAGUAUCGCACCUGGCGACAACCAGAAAAUGGCUCUACGUGACAGAUGUUGUUACUUCCGCCACUCAUCGACGACUUGGAGUUGGGACCAAGUUGAUGGACGCUGUGGAAAGAGCAGCAGCGUUACAAUUCAAUGCCACUAGAAUCUACUUGCAUGUUCGAUCUGAAAAUAGCGGAGCGAUGGAAUUUUAUUUCAAACGAGGAUAUCAAAAGACAUCAAUGUGUUAUUCCAAGGAAGUCGAUGAAGAUAAGCUGGCAGAAGCGGCAGGGGCAAGGGAGCAGAUAUUGCUUCAAAAGGAGCUCGUAGCAGGUGACUAUGAUGACGAGCAGAUGCAAAAACGCAAUAAUAUUAAAAAACGCAGUGCACGGGGUGGUAACAAAGGCUUUGCGAAAAAGAAUGACUAA